UUGAUCCCUCUGUUUGUGAUCAUUGGAUCCGGAGGUGUUGGCGCAGCCCUGUAUCUCAUGCGUUUGGCAGUGUUCAACCCUGAUGUCUGUUGGGAUAAGAAAAAUAAUCCAGAACCUUGGAACAAACUGGCUCCCAGUGACCAGUACAAGUUCUAUUCGGUUAAUGUAGACUACAGUAGGCUGAAAAAGGACCGUCCUGACUUCUGAACAACAAACUCAUCUCUGUAAGCUGCACAGAAAGGUCUUCCGGAAGCCGUCCGCACAAUUGUCAUGCUUAAUUAUCCAGGAAAUAAUCAAACUUGCCUCAUGCUGCACUCGGUCAUGUGUUUGAAAGUAUUUUGAUGAGGCUUAAUAAAUGUCGGAAAC